GGUUAUGGUAACCUUGUAUCCAUCGAAUUCUCAAGAACCCCCGGCCAAAACCAAAAUUAUUAGCACCGGUAGCUAUAAAUCACCAAAUUUAGCCUGAAAUUCUGUUUUAACGCUUCUCCUUACAGCACUUGAGAUCUUGUUUCCCAUAAAGGGUCACUACAAAUCGGAUCAAAUCUAGACAAAGUUUAUCCCUUUUUCCUCUUCUGGGGUUUUCUCGAUUGAGUGACAUAGUGAAUUAGUUCAUCAUGAGGAAGAGAGAGAGGGAAAACCCAUGUGGUAUUUGUGGGCAUUAUCACAAGUACGAGGAAGGGGAGCCUUGUGGGGUUUGUGGUCAUCGAAUGCCUGCUGUAUCUGAUAAGGGUUCUUCAAUUCAAGUCAGUGCUUUUCCUUCUGAGAUCUUGCCAGAGUUUCUCUUCUUGGGCAGCUAUGAUAAUGCUUCUCGGGCUGAGCUUCUUAAGACUCAAGGGAUUUCUCGUGUUCUCAAUACUGUACCUGCUUGUCAAAAUCUAUAUAAAAAUUCCUUUACUUAUCACUGCCUUCAAGAUGAUCAAGAUUUGCACUUUGACGAUGCUAUCCAAUUCUUAGAACAAUGUGAAAAGGAUAGGGCUCGUGUUCUUGUACAUUGUAUGUCAGGGAAAAGCAGGUCAGCUGCCAUUGUAAUUGCUUACCUGAUGAAAAGCAAAGGCUGGAAAUUUGCACAGAGCUAUCAGUGGGUGAAAGAUCGGAGGCCUUCUAUUGACCUUAAUCAAGGGGUUUACCAACAACUGCAGGAAUAUGAGCAGAAGAUCUUUGGGUCACUGGAGAACAAGUCUGCAUCUGUCAUGCCAGUCUUCUCUUCUCCUGUGGCGCCAUCCUUCAGCUUUAACUACCCAAAGCCUAGUGAUUCAGUUCAAAUUCCAGCCUUCAACAGUUCUGCUGCGACAUCAAUUUUCACUCGUCCUGUUUUUGGCGUUCCUCCACAGGAAUUCACCUUCGGAUCUGCUCAUAAUCAACGGAGUGCCUCAGAUAUCCAUUUGAAUUCAAACCAAAAUCCAAAUAGUAGCGACAUUGCUAUGGAUGGUUCGUAAUUUAUACUAUCUGCCUUUUUGCCUUUUGUGGAAUCCUCAACUUGAAUGAUCGUUUAUUACACAAGUCACUUGGCUGAGUUCUUCAUGAUUACAAGUA